AUGUUACCUCCUAAGUUACAAGAUCCAGGGAGUUUCACCAUUACAUGCACUAUUGGAGAGUUAGAAGUUGGAAAAGCUUUGAUUGACUUGGGAGCCAAUAUUAAUCUAAUGGCUCUUUCUAUGUUUAAAAGAAUUAGAGGAUUAGAACUUAAGCCAACAAGGAUGACUCUUCAAUUGGUAGAUAAAUCUCUUAAAUAUCCAUACGGAGUGGCUGAAGAUGUAAUAGUAAAGGUGGAUAAAUUUUUGUUCCUAGUGGAUUUUGUUAUAAUGGAAAUGGAGGAGAAUGGAGAUGCACCUUUGAUUCUUGGAAGACCUUUUAUGAAGACAACCAGUAUCGUGAUUGAUGUAGAAAAUGGAAAACUUAAAGUCAGAGUACAAGAUGAAGAGGUGAAUUUUGACGUUUUUCAAGCAAUGUCACAUCGUAAAGAUGAUAAAUCAUGUUUUCAAGUAGACAUUGUAGAAGAACUCUGUAUGAUGCAAGGGGCUCGAAUGCGUGAUGCGUCUUUACUGGAAAGAACUCUUAUUAAUGACUACGAAGACUUGCAUGAAGAAGAGGAUAAAGUGAUUGAAGAAUGUGUUUGGAAUUUAGAGGCAAUAAAAGAAAUUCUAGCAGAAAAGGCUAGCUUUGAAAAUAUUGAGCCCAGAGAAAAAGUUAAAGAAAGCAAGAUUGAGUUGAAAGAGUUGCCACCUCAUUUAAAAUAUGUGAUUUUGGAAGAAAAUGGAGGAAAACCAGUUAUUAUUAGUACUUCAUUGUCUCCAAAAGAGGAAGAGAAGCUGGUGGAAGUUUUGAAAGCAAAUAAAGGUGUUACAGGGUGGUCAAUUUCAGAUUUGAAGGGUAUAAGUCCUACAUAUUGUAUGCACAGAAUUCUUAUGGAGGACAAUUACAGGCCAGUAGCUCAGCCACAAAGGAGAUUCAAUCAUGUUAUGAAAGAGGUUGUGAUGAAGUAA